UUGAACCAUUAUUUAUUUCCCAACAGGAGAGGAUAUGAACAAGCAUGAAUCAGGCAAAGAGGGUGUCAAACGGUAAUGAUACUCUCCACCAUCUUCUACAAGGUAGUAUUACUGAUUUUCCUUAACUCCCAAGUUCUCCAAAUCAGUAGAUGGUGGGGGACAAGUCUGAAAAUACCCCAAGAUGUCAGUAAGAUUGACAGUACAUUACAGUGAGCAAGUCUGAAAAUAGAUGAGGCAAGCCUUAACUUAAAAGCAGUAUCACUCACGUUUUUCCAGCAAUCAAAUCCGGUUCCCUCUUCAAUGCUGAUUAAGUAGGAGUAAUGGACAUAAUGGAACCCCCAAAAUGCCCCCUCGUGUGACCUGUACACAACAUUAGCCAAGCUGGGUAAUGAUAAUAGCACCAUCAAAACCCGAACGGCGAAAGAAAAACGCAAUCAAAAAGAUGCACGCGAAACACACGAGGAAAUAUAAUUAGGCGAAAAGCUCGUUGCCGGCGAAGCUUUCAACCCUGGCUGCCAUGUGUGGCUGGUGCUGCUGCCUCGACCUCGAGUGCAUCCAUAACAUCCCGCCCCUCAGUCUCCUCUUCCUCCACUUCUCCUCGGCUCCAUCAACGGGAAGGGAGGGGAUAGCAGAACGUGCUCCCUCCAUGGCCUCCAUCUCGGUCCCGGACCCCGUCCCUUCCCCGACCGAGGACGCAGAGAACAUAAGAAAGGCGGUACAAGGGUGGGGGACGGACGAGAAUGCGCUGAUCGAGAUCCUAGGCCACCGGACGGCGGCGCAGCGCGCGGAGAUCGCCGUGGCCUACGAGGGCCUCAACGACAAGACCCUCCUCCGCACGCUCCAAGACGAGCUCUCCGGCCACUUCAAGGGCGCCAUGACGCUGUGGGCGAUGGACCCGGUGGCGCGGGACGCCAAGCUGGCCUACAAGGCCCUGAGGAAGAAGGGCGGCGACCGGCACGCCUGGGUGCUCAUCGAGGUGGCCUGCGCGUCGUCGCCGGACCACCUCGUCGCCGUCAGGAAGGCCUACUGCUCCGCCUACGACUCGUCCCUCGAGGAGGACGUCGCCGCCUGCUCGCUCUACAAGGAACCCCUCAAGCAGUUCCUGGUGCGGUUGGUGAGCUCGUACCGCUACGCCGGCGACCUCGUCGACGGCGAGCUGGCGAGGGCGGAGGCGGCCGAGCUGCACGGCGCGGUGGCGGCCAAGAAGCAGCCGCUGCACGGGGACGUGGUGCGCAUCGUCAGCUCCAGGAGCAAGCCGCAGCUCAAGGCCACGUUCGAGCACUACAAGCGACAGCACGGCAAGCCCAUCCACGAGGUUCUCGAGGGGAACCGGAAUGACCAGCUCUCGGCCAUGCUGAAAACUGCGGUUUGGUGCUUGACAUCGCCGGAGAAACAUUUCGCAGAGGUGAUCCGGACCUCGAUCAUAGGGCUCGGCACCGACGAGGAGUCGCUGACCAGAGCCAUCGUCUCGCGCGCGGAGGUCGACAUGAAGAAAGUCAAGGAGGAAUACAAGGUGAGGUACAAGACGACGGUGACCAAGGACGUCGUCGGCGACACUUCCGGGUACUACCAGGGCAUCCUGCUCACCCUCAUCGGGCCAGAGUAGCCAUUGCCAGGAUCAUGCAAGCUCAGAGGAUGAUGUUCAAUGGCAUAUUGCUUUAGUACUUUGCUGGUUUGAUUGAGCAGAGUGGCACUGCCGUGUGUACAAUCUAGAGUGAAGUGUUGGUGUUGUGAAAUAAGACCCGUGACAGUUCAUUUAUUGGUGUAUUCAACACUAGCUUGAGACAACGGUACUUCCAUCAUGAUUUGAUUUAUCCAAA